AAAGAGGAGAAAGAGAAGGACGAGGAGGAGGACGCCCGGAUCUUCAAUGCCUGGAUGCAGCGGUACAGAGGAGGGAAGCAGCAGGAGAAACCAGGAGAGGAGGAGGAGGAGGAGUCAGACGGAGGAGGGACUGACAGCAGGGGCAGUCUCGAGCCGUUGGUGAGGGUCGACCGCCGGGCGUCGCUGCCGUGUCCGGCCACUCUCUCAGCCAUGCAGCUGUCUCGUCUCCACUCGUCCACCCAGGCCCCGGUGACGGCGAGAGUCCUGCUGCGUCGCACCUCCUCCCGCCGCCUCCUGUCCUCGCAGCAAGACGCCGCCGCCCUCGAGAGGAGACCCUCCAUCAUACCCACGAUCCCGGAGGCCAUUCCGCCCGAGAGGAGGGGCCAGUUCAGGAGACGCAAUGUGAUGUCGCUGAGCGACGCAGACAGUGUGUGUCUGAUCUGUCACAACGACUUACAAGCAGGAAGUGGAACCACAGAGCUGCAGUGUUCCUCAGCCCGUCGACUGGAGCUCCACCAGGGUCAAGGUCCCAUAAGAGGCUGGCGUCAGAAAACUCCCAGCAUGCAUCCAGCUGCGGGCCGUGUCAUGACUAAACUCCAGAUGUGGACGGUGACCUCAAUGCAGUCCUCUGAAUGUCCACCAGGGGGCAAUGACACCAUCAUAGUUGUCUACACCUCAACCAGGAGAGGACG